AUUUGGACGCGUGAAGGGAAAAGCGGACUGCAUGCGUCCCAUCAUGCAGCGCGGGCCAAUUCUCCCUCACCCCCGCGGAGAGGAGACUCACAUCCAGGGAACGGACUAAUGGCGGCCGGCAACUCCGUGCUGCUCUGACACUAAAUUCAAAACGGCACAUCACAACAGAGUUUCGGAGACUCCAAGGGGAGGGUGCUUUUAACAUUUAUACACGGCACUGAUUUCAAUCGGGAAAGGGGGACGUGUGCGAAAAUAACUUGCUAUACCUGCGGGGAUUUUCCUCUUUUUAAAAAAUGGAUGAACACCCCGGAGGAGGAGGAGUAGGAAUGGCCGCUCCAAGACAGCAGCCAUCUCCGCAGCAGGGGAAUAAUACUACCGUUAAUCCCCCGACGGAGGGAGGAGGUGGCGCCGUAAUGGGGCAGCAACAGCAGGACGAAAUGCCCCGGCCUCAGCAAUAUACCAUCCCGGGUAUUCUACACUACAUCCAACACGAAUGGGCCCGCUUUGAGAUGGAGAGGGCGCACUGGGAAGUCGAGAGGGCCGAACUCCAGGCCCGAAUAGCAUUCCUACAAGGAGAAAGGAAGGGUCAGGAAAAUCUGAAGAAUGACCUAGUCAGAAGAAUAAAAAUGUUAGAAUAUGCAUUAAAGCAAGAAAGAGCCAAGUACCACAAAUUAAAAUAUGGCACAGAACUCAAUCAAGGUGAAGUGAAGAUGCCUAGUUUUGAAUCAGAAGAAACCAAAGACUCUGAGGUCCCUGCUGUACCUCAAAACAGUCAGCUAACGUGGAAACAAGGCCGACAGCUGCUCAGACAAUAUCUUCAGGAGGUAGGUUACACGGACACAAUUCUAGAUGUGCGAUCUCAGCGAGUCCGGUCGUUACUGGGUCUGUCCGGUUCCGAGCAGAAUGGCUCAGUGGAAACUAAGAACCUGGAGCAGAUUCUGAAUGGAGGAGACGCACCUUCCAAACAAAAGGGACAAGAUAUGAAAAGGAAUACAGAUGUUCUGGAAACAUUUAACUUCUUAGAAAAUGCUGAUGACAGUGACGAAGAGGACGACGACGAAGGCGAUCUGGUGGAUGAUAUCUCAGACAGGACAGAGAAGCACAGAAUGAACAAACACAAAAUAAAGAUUGGAAAUGAGGGCCUGGCGUCGGACCUGCCUGACGAUCCUGACACGGAAGAAGCACUGAAGGAAUUUGACUUCCUGGUGACUGCAGAGGACGGGGAGGGGGCCGGGGAGGCGCGGAGCUCAGGAGACGGGACAGAGUGGGCUGAGCCGCUGCCUUUCCCCACCAGCGGCGGUAAGUCCUUCAUCAUGGGCUCUGACGAUGUUCUAGAGAGCGUCCUGGGCCUGGGGGACCUGGCCGACCUGACCGUCUCCAACGACGAGGCUGAAUACAGCUAUGAUCUGCCAGCCAAUAAGGACGCGUUCAGGAAGACGUGGAAUCCCAAGUAUACGCUGCGCAGCCACUUUGACGGCGUGCGAGCCCUGGCCUUCCACCCCGUGGAGCCUGUCCUGGUCACCGUGUCUGAGGACCACACCCUCAAACUUUGGAACCUGCAGAAGACCGUUCCAGCCAAAAAAAGUGCCUCUUUUGAUGUGGAGCCUAUUUAUACGUUCAGAGCUCACGUAGGGCCUGUCCUCUCUUUGGCUGUCAGCUCCAGUGGGGAGCAAUGCUUCAGCGGGGGCAUCGACUCAACCAUACAGUGGUGGAACAUCCCCAGCUCUAAUGUAGACCCUUAUGACACCUACGAUCCAGGGGUUCUCGCAGGAACGUUGCUAGGACACACGGACGCCGUGUGGGGGCUGGCCUACAGCGGGAUCAAGAACCGCCUGCUUUCGUGCUCGGGCGACGGGACAGUCCGGCUCUGGAACCCCCCUGAAAAGUCACCCUGCCUCUGCACUUACAACUCAGACAAGGUGCAUGGCAUACCCACCGCGGUGGAUUUCAAUGGCUGUGAUCCUGCCCACAUGGUGGCAUCCUUCAACAUGGGAAACACCGUCAUCUAUGACCUGGAGACAUCUCAGCCUGCAGUGGUGUUCUCCAGCCAGAGUGAGAGCGGUCUCCCUGCUGCCAACUACAUAAACCGGGUGGUGACUCACCCGACCCUGCCCAUCACCAUCACAGCCCACGAGGACAGACACAUUAAGUUCUUCGACAACAAAACAGGCAAACUCAUCCACGCCAUGGUGGCUCACCUGGAUGCGGUCACCAGCCUGGCUGUGGACCCCAAUGGGAUUUACCUCAUGUCAGGAAGCCAUGACUGUUCCAUCCGCCUGUGGAACCUGGAUAGCAAAACCUGCGUGCAGGAGAUCACCGCCCAUCGGAAGAAGUCAGACGAGUCCAUCUACGACGUGGCCUUCCACCCGUCCAAGGCGUUCAUCGCCAGCGCGGGGGCUGACGCCCUGGCCAAAGUGUUUGUGUAAGAGCCCACGCUGGGAGGGCGUGGACGGACAAACUGCUUCACUGCCUUGUGUGACGAGUGUACCGUUUAGACACUACACAAGACCCCCAACCUCCCCCAACCCCUCGACGCCCACAAGCCACACACUGGAGAGGAGCCAGGCCCAGGAAAUGGGGCGGGGGAUUUGGGCUGGGGGAGGGGAGGUGGGGGGGGAGGUGUGACUGCUUCAGUUUUACCUGAGUUUUCAAACUAAUUAACUGUAAUUACUGUAUGUUAAAGCAGGAGAAACCAGUAUUUGUAGCCUUUGACUGGGUUUGGACUGAGCCUAAUAUCUGUUCUGUAGGUGUGUUUCAGUGACCGUGGUGUCUACCGUUCACUACAGCAGGUCUGCUAAGGGCCAGGUGACAUGGGGGUGCGUUUGUCAAAGACGGUGACCCUGCCCUUGCUCCGCCCAUCACGACCUACGUGAAGUCGCAUGACCACACGUCGCCCUCUCCACCCUCAUGUAGCGCAAAAACAAAACACGUAACCUAAAAUGUCUGCUUCUUACAUUAGCAUUAGAUUCAGGACGUUUCUUUGCAUAAAAAUAUAGUUUUUAUAAGCCUUUUUAUAUAAAUAAAGCCUGUCUUGACGGUGCUGAAAAUGUAAAAAAAAUAAAAAAUUACAUAAAUAAAAAUAAAAAAAUAAAAUAAAUCCCAUCUCCGACCCCACUGGCAUGCACCAGUCUGGACGACCCGUUUCGCUGCUCCCACACACUCAGCCCUUCCCUGUCAUUCAACUGUGGGUGGGUCCUGACCCUAUGGAUGCUAUCUCUCGACCUGACGUUGCUUUAAAAGCAUCUUAUCACAUGAGCAAACAACUAGGAAAGAAACUGAGUUCAUGGCUUUCCGUGAACUCUUAAACAAUAAACCGCAGCAUCCUAUCACUAUGUGAUAUAUUUGUACAUCUUACUGUAUUUACGAGUUUAUUUAUCAAGGGUUAGACAUCUUAAUGCAAUAGGCUCGUUAUUUAUUUCACUUUCUGUUAGUCUUAUCCUUUUCUUUUUUAACUACAGUAUGUCAGUGAGCCCAAUGGUAACUGUAAGACUGAGCACUGUCAUGCAAACAGAACAGAAAAGGAGGGCCUUUAAGUUAAUGUAAACAUCAUUUUAAACACACAAGAAUUUUAUUUGAAGACUAAUGAUGGGGUGUGACCCCCCCCCCCCCCCCUUCAUGUACCUACAGACCGAUGUUGAAGAACGGGGGGACGUUUUUUCCGUUUUCACGUUUUUUAUGUGGGAAUCGGAAUAGACAAGCAUUGAGGAUUAAUCACGGUUCAGAAUCUGCUGUUUGGUUAACGCUAUCCCUACUUUUAUUUUAUAAAAUUAUUUUAUUUUUGAAUAUGCUUCAAUUCAUGGUGUAACUAAAGAUUUUUUUGUUUGUGUAAUGCAUGAUUAAUACAAUAAAGUAUUUUUUCUAGUCUUCCACAAAAAAAGAUUUCUGAUCAGUUUGCGAGUUUUGAUGAGUUUUGUAAGGUUUCUGUUUUACAAACUAUGAAUCAGCAAAUUUUUAAGAUUGUACCACAUAGCAAAAUACAGCUGUUGAAAAGUAAUGUAUAUAAAAUGUCUAUAAUAAAUAUUAAAUGGUGUACCUGUA